GAGAGAGAGAGCAUACGAGCGGUGGAGCCGAGUCUCUACUGAUGCUCCGAUGCGCAAACAGAUCGCUUCUGCUCCUAAAUCGUCUCCCGAGGUCGUUUGAAGGCUCGGAACCAAACGACGGCUCGGAACCAGGUGACGAGAUGGGGAACGGUUCCGUGAAAUCCAAGCGCUACAAGUCCUCGGACGGCUCUGCAUCAAACGGACGAGCGCACAAAGAUCACAGCGGCAGCCUCACAUCUCCAGCCGCGGACGCCUUGAGGGCCCGAGUGGAGGAGCUGGAGCGGGAGAGCAGGAGGAAGGACGAGGAGCUGAGCGCCAGAGAGCAGCAGAUCCAGGGGCUCCAGGAGCAGCUGGCCCGGCAGAACCGGGCCGCGGCCGAGCUGGGCCAGGACCUGCACAGCAAGUGCGUCCAGCUCAGCAGGCUGCAGGACGCGAUCAAGAACCAGAGCGCGGCACCGGCGCCGGCAUCGGCAUUGGCACCGGCGCCGGCACCGGCCCCGGCACCGGCCGGGCUGCCGGCUCGGCCUCCGUCCGUCAGAGCCGGCGGCAAGAGCAGCCCCAACCUCAGCGCUCGCAUCAAGGACACGCUCAACAGGAGGAAAGGAGCCAAAGCCGGGGUUUCGGCCGAGCCCACCUCCAGAACCUACGACUCCAGCAGCCUGCCCAAGUUCUCCUUCGAAAAGGCCCGGGUUCCCAAGGAUGCGAGCAUCAAGAAGCUGCUGACGGACGCCCUGAACAAGAACCAGUACCUGAAGAGGCUGGAGCUGCAGCAGAUCAAAGACAUGGUGGAGUGCAUGUACGAGCGCACGUACCAGCAGGGCGACUACGUCAUCCAGCAGGGGGCGCCGGGGAACCACCUGUUCGUCCUGGCAGACGGGAAGCUGGACGUGCUCCAGCACGGAAAACUGCUCACCUCCAUCACGGUGUGGACGGCGUUUGGGGAACUAGCGAUCCUGUACAACUGCACUCGGACGGCGUCGGUGCGAGCGCUGAACAGAGUGCGGACGUGGGCGUUGGACCGGGAGGUGUUCCAGAACAUCAUGAGGAGGACGGCGGAGACGCGACACGAGCAGUACCGCAACUUCCUGCGCAGUGUUUCGCUCUUGGCCAAUCUGCCCGAGGACAAACUCAGCAAAAUCGUGGACUGCCUGGAGGUGGAAUACUACGACAAGGGCGAGUACGUGAUCCGGCAGGGGGAGGAGGGCAGCACCUUCUACAUCAUCGCACAGGGGAAGGUGAAGGUGACGCAGACCGCCGACGGCCACCAGGCGCCGCAGACCAUCAACACGCUGCAGAAGGGAGACUACUUUGGAGAGAAGGCGCUGAUCAGCGACGACGUGCGCUCAGCCAACAUCAUCGCUGAGGAGAACGGCGUGGAGUGUCUGGUCAUCGACAGGGAGACCUUCGACCAGACGGUCGGUACCUUCAACGAGCUGCAGAAGUACCUGCAGGGCUACGUGGCCACGCUGGACCGCGACGACAAGAAGAGGCACGCCCGGAAGUCGGUGUCCCGCCACCAGAGCCAGCCGCUGUCUGCAGACGUCCUCCGGCUCAGGGACAUGGUGUCCGCCUUCUGUCCCUCCAGGCCGUUUGACCACCUGGACGUCAUCGCUACGCUGGGCGUCGGCGGCUUUGGGCGAGUGGAGCUGGUGAAGGUGAAGGGCGACGACGUGACGUUCGCGCUGAAGGUGAUCAAGAAGAAGCACGUGGUGGACAACAGGCAGCAGGAGCACAUCCACUCGGAGCGCAGGAUCCUGGCGGAGGCGCGAUCGCCCUUCGUGGUCAAACUGUACCGGACGUUCAAGGACGACAGGUACGUGUACAUGCUGCUGGAGGCCUGUCUGGGCGGCGAGGUGUGGAGUCUGCUCAGGGACAGGGGGAAUUUCGAUGAGCCCACGGCCAAGUUCUGUGUGGGAUGCGUCACGGAGGCCUUCGACUACCUCCACCGUAAAGGCGUCCUGUACAGAGACCUGAAGCCUGAGAACCUGAUGCUGGACGCUGAGGGCUACAUCAAGCUGGUCGACUUUGGUUUUGCCAAGAAGAUCAGGUGUGGACAGAAGACCUGGACGUUCUGUGGGACCCCAGAGUACGUGGCCCCCGAGAUCAUCCUCAACAAAGGCCACAACUUCAGCGUGGACUUCUGGUCUCUGGGCAUCCUGGUGUUUGAGCUGCUGACUGGCAGUCCUCCAUUCUCAGGGAGCGACCAGAUGAUGACCUACACUUUCAUCUUGAAAGGCAUCGAGAAGAUGGAUUUCCCCAAGAAAAUUACCAAAAGACCGGAAGACCUCAUACGGAAGCUGUGCAGGCGAAACCCCUCAGAGCGACUGGGGAACCUGAAAAACGGGAUAACGGACAUCAAGAAGCACAGGUGGUUUAACGGCUUCAACUGGGAGGGGCUGAAGGCCCGGACGCUAGCGUCUCCUCUCCAGCGACAGCUCAGCGGAACGGCGGACCACAGCUACUUCGACGUGUACCCUCCGGACGAGGACAGCCCUCCUGACGAGCUGUCCGGCUGGGACGUGGACUUCUGAGGCCCGCGGCCGCAGUGCGCUGCUUCCUGCCGACGCCGCAGCCCAUCAGUGAACCUUAAAGCUGAGAUCUGUGACCGUUCUCCACAGUCGCAGCUCUGAUGAGCACUGGACUAAGUUCACACAACUCAGUCCCAGUGGGAGUGUUUGAUGGCGGGAGGCUGCAAAAACAUCUGGGUUGAAUAACAGGAACACGUUCAAAUGUUUGGCUUAAAGAGCAGUGAGGAGCCGUCAGAAGAAUGGGUGAAGCCAAAGUAGACGCUCUGUGUUGAUUCCAGCUUCAGCUUCAGGAACUCGCUCUACACAGUGACCAACUGUGGCUCCAGCUACCGACGCUUUAAACAGACUAGUGUCACAGUCAAUCACUGGUCUGACACUGGAGGAACCUCAUCGGGGUUUGUUGACGGCUCCAGAUGUGGAAGAUCUGUUUUUACAGACGAGGGAAGUGUUAAAAAGCCGUGUUCUGCUCCGUUCGUCAGGUUCAUGAUAACACAGCGUUAGCGUCCACUGAACCUCAGUCACAGAGUGACACAGAGCGAGCUGAGGCCGAGCGAGUCCGCUCUGAGGAGAGUGAGAGACCUGAGGGUCCGCUGGACGGGACCGAAUGUCAGACGAGUCCCUUCACUCUUACAGUGUGAGCACUGAUAAACAGCUGCACUGCCUCCACAGUGUCUCUGCAUGAGGAGUCACCCACCACCAGGAGCGCUGUCAGCGCACAGGCCGUGAAUCAGGCAUCACAGCCUGCAGGUCGCUGUAACAUGUGUGUCGCGUGUUUGCUGAUCGCGUUAGUUUAAAGCUGCGGAACCAAAACGACGUCAGAAGGAGGUCCAGCUCUUUCACAAAACUUACUCCUUCACCAUCAUCCAGUUUAAGAUCUCUCCAUUCACAACAACCUGCCUCAGACUCACUCCUACCCCGUAACGCUCCAACUGGCUGUGAGCAACAUCUGAGGAGAUCAGGAGAAUAAAACCAAACCCAGACACACACACACGCGCGCACGCACGCACGUAUGCACACACACACGCGUACGCGCACAGACACACACGCACAGACACACACGCACGCACGCACGCACACACGUAUGCACACACACACACACACGCACGCACGCACAAACACACACACACGCGUACGCGCACAGACACACACGCACGCACGCACGUAUGCACACACACACGCGUACGCGCACAGACACACACGCACAGACACACACGCACGCACACACGUAUGCACACACACACACACACACGCACACACACCCACGCACGUACACACACACACACACACACACACACACACACACACACACACACUGUACAUACUAGAACCAGUGAAGCCUCUGUGUUUUAUUACCUUACAGUUCAUGUUAGAUACAGAGGAAAUAAAGUUCCUGUUUGACUUUG